AUGCCACCUUACACGGCGGCGCAGAAGCAGACCAUCCAGCAGUUUGUGGCUCUGACGGACACCAAGGACUCAGUGGCUGCUAAGUUCCUGAAAGGCGUGUCAUGGAGCCUUGAGCGAGCGGUUGAUGCCUUCUACUCCAAUACCGCACACGCCAACCAACAAUCAUCCCGGCAGUCCGUGGGCCAUAUCUUCGAUGAAUACCGAGGUACAAUCUCCAACCCCAUCGACAUAUCAUCAUAUACUGACUUCAAUCCAGAGAACCCAGCCGACAGUCCUGACACCGUCGGCAUCGAAGGUGCGAUGAAGUACCUCGGCGACAUCGACGUCCAACUGGACGAGGUCACCUGUCUCGGCAUCAUGGAGCUGUGCAAGUGCCCAGCAAUGGGCGAGUUCAACCGGGAGGGCUUCCUGACCGGCUGGAGAGAGGCAGGAUGCGACACAACUACAAAAAUGAGCAGCUACGCUGCGACCCUUCGCGCCAAAAUCCCCACAGAUGCCGAGCUCUUCCGGCGCGUAUACCGGUACUCUUUCCCAAUCUCGCGCAUGCAAGGCCAGCGCAACCUGCAAUUCGACCUCGCCGCCGAGCAGUGGCGGCUCUUCUUCACCGCAGACCGCGGCGGCGUCCCCUGGAACACAGAGAGUACGCCGUGGCUGGACUGGUGGCUCGAGUUCCUGGAGGGCCGUGGCAAGAAGCCUGUGAACAAGGAUUUGUGGGAGCAGGUGGAGGUGUUUAUGCGGAAGACGCGCGAGGAUGAGGCGUUCGGGUGGUGGAGUGCGGAUGGGGCGUGGCCUGGGGCGCUGGAUGAUUUUGUGGCGUUUGUGCAGGGGAAGAGGGGGAAGGGGAGUGAGAUGGAGCUCUCGUAA